AUGGAGAAUCCGAGGAACGACAUCUACGACGUUGUCAGAUCGCUGGUCGAGCCCGCCUCACCUGUCGUCAUCGCACAGAACAUCGACAGGUACUACACUGAAGACGCCUACAUUGAUCAUCCUAUGCUCAAUCAGCCCCACACACCGAGCUCGAGAGAAGGUCUAAAGGGCAUCUACACGAUGCUCAAGGUCCUUACGUAUGGCAACAAGAUGGAGUUUCAUGGUGAUGCCUGUUUCAACGAGGAUAUGACGAAAGGCUGGCUAGAGGCCAGUGAGCACCUCUACUUGACGUUCCUGCCGUUCAUCAAGACUGCUCCUCGCUUUCUAAUCCGUAUUGAUCUCGUCAAGGGCAAGGACGGCCUGUACCGAGUGAGACGUCAGGAGGACAAUCUCGCUACUGACUUCAUGCGAUCUGGUGUCUACAUCAUCGGGGUCACGGAAGCGCUUGACCUGUACAAAAAAGCCAUGGGUUGGGCCUCAGCUACGACGGGCAAGCUUGUGUUGGCGGGCGCAAGACGUAUAGGCUUAUAA